AUGGUGAAAAUUGAGGGAAUGAAAUGCUUGAAAGUUUUUCGUUUCGUCACACACAGAGACGAUAAAAAAAGAACGGAAGCCAAAGUAGUGACAAACCCUAUUCGAGAUUAUCAUCUUUGUCGACCUAGUCAGGACAACGGUAGCUUCAAAAUUGUCACAUGUUAUUUCCACAUUGUCUUUCUUCAUAUUUGUAUUGCUUUGCAUGUGAAAGUGAUUUUAAUGUACGUUGAUCAAUAA